CCGUAGAAAUAUUCACAACUUGCCCUGACCUACAACUUCUCGACCUCCGCAAUUCCCCGCCAAGGGCCAUAUAAAUCAAUAAAUACUCUUGGGAAAAACAAAUUAAUAUAUACCAUAGCGGUUAAUUAACCGCUCUGCCAUGUUUGAAGAAUGAAGUUUUGGGGUCUCUGAUUCUCAUCCAUUCAAUUGAAAUUGCAUUUGGUCACCCUGGACUUGUACCGUGUGCAUGUUCAGUUGUGCGUAUGAUAUUCAUGUCUCCACGAAUUGAAGUUGCAGUUGCUUUGAUCUUGUCCCUGCUUUUACUAUCAGCAUCUGUUGUGUCCUUCGCAUAUUCCCACACGUUUUCAGGUCAAGAAUCUUUCAAGAAAGCUGCAUAUAGGCUCAGCAAGCCGCUGAUCAGUGAUGAUGGGAAGGUUUAUGUGUGUUCAGAAAAGAACUUUUUUGCCUUUGAAAGCAAUGGUUCCAUCGCGUGGACGUUAUCUCUCAAUUACAAAUGCAGCCCUAAUAUAGCUCCAGUUCUAGGGGAAUCAAGAAAGAUAUAUGUGGUUGCAGAAGACAGAGUGCUGAAGAUCAACCCUUUGAAUGUUGGAAGUUCUGAAACAGCUGUAGAAUUGUUCUUUGGUACAGAAUCUGAAAGACCGGGGGAGAUUAUUGGCCUUGCAGUAAGUAUGUCCACUUCCAGUGUACUUAUCAAUGUCAAAAACAGGGGUCUCUUUUCAUACCGUUUGCAUGGAAAACUGCACUGGAGUGCUGGCCCGGUACUUUAUCAACGUGGAUAUCGUCAAGGUUGUAGGAAAAACAUCACUGAGUGUUAUUUUUCCACGGUUCCUGUGUUCGAUCACUGUGAAGCUAGUAUAUAUAUCUCAAAUAAUCAAGGAGAAAUUUAUGCUCUGUCAACUCGUAGUCCACAUUUCAAAUGGAUCCAAGAUUUCAGUUCAUUUGGCAAUACACUGACCAUGACAUCCGGCAAUAAUGGUCUGUUGUAUGUUACUGUAGCACCUAGAGCUCUGGUACUAGCAGUUGAUGUUUCCAGGGGAAGCAUUUUGUGGCAAACAAGUAUUGGACCGCUAAGUACAGUCGAUUAUGUCCCCUCUGUUGAUUCUAAUGGUUGGAUAUCUAUUGGUUCAUUGGACGGUUACCUCUAUUCAUUUUCGCCAGAAGGAGUUCUCAGAAAAUUGCCUAAAGUGCUUAACAUGGAUUCUGUAAUCCAAGUUAGUCCUGUUCUUGAUUGCUCAGGAUAUGCAAUCUAUGUUUCUCAGACAGAGAUCGAAGGAAAGAUUACUCGGAUAAUUGGAGAUUACACUUACAUCUCAGCGAUGAAACCAAUGGGCGUUAUCUUCACACUGAUUAGUCCAGCUACUGGGACCAUAUUUUGGUCUGAACAAUAUCCUGGCCAAUUCUCCUCGGAGUUUUUGAGAAGUGACCUGCAAUAUUUUCUUCUGGAUGAAAGUGUCCUCCUUGCUUUUUUUGCAGCUUCAAGUAUUGGGAAUCCGCUACCAUGUCGAAGCUCACGUCAGAAGUUUGCAUUAAGCUGCUCACAGAUUAAGCCUAAGAAUUUCAGCAUCUACAUAGGUAAUAAGAAGACAAUUUUGCUGUUUCUGAUCUUGGAAUCUAUCAUAUUGAUAGUACUAGCAGUACUAGUAAGAUUUUGCUGCAUGUUUUGGAAGAAAAAGAAGCUUCAAAAUCAAGAUCUUGGGAAAUUCUUAGAUAAAAGACGAUCACUUCGACUUCAGAAGAAAGCUUUUGAUAGAUCAAUCACAGAGCUUCAACAAAAGACCGCUGAGGAAGCAAUAGCCAAUGAGGUGCUGGAAAAGCUAGGCAAUCUAGUUAAGGAAAGGGAAGGCAUACAGAGGAAGCUCUCAACAUCAUAUAGUCUAGGAAGGGACCAAACUGGUUCUCAUUCAACAUCCCUUCUUCCAUUGUCCGAUAGGAAAAUACGGAGCUUUUCAUUUCAAGGCGCGAAGAAAGAGAGUGUUACUUUGUUUCAUACAGUUAGUGAUACUUCUUCUGAAACUAGCUGGAGUGAGAGGGAGCACUCCGACAUGCAUAUCUCUGAAGAUGAAGAGGAAACAGACGAUGCAAAGUCACCUACAGAAAUAUUUAGUUCUAGUGAUAAUGAGAUUUACAAGGAAGAAUUUCAUGCUAGUCCAUCUUGCUUAGCUUCCAGUUCGAAAGUGUUUACGAAUACAUCAAUCCUGGAACAACUGGUUGAUGAAAUAGAGGAAAUGAAGCCGAGUGAUCAAAAGGACUCCAUCAAUCAUCCCCUGCAGAACCGCAGCAUAAGCAUAAGGAAGAGGAAUUCAUAUUCAAGUAGCUAGGUAUUGCAUAUGUGUCUAGUUCUUCGACUGUGCCUUUGUCCAAUAUCAAUCCACGACUGACCUUGAACUGGCCAAAAUGCUUUCUGUUUGAACGAUAUUCUACAAUUGCAUAAGCUUUGGUCUCGAUCGAUUAUACUUUUGGUUAACUGGGUACGUUCCGAUAGCAGCAUAAGCACGUAAAGAAAAAAGUAGCUACCUCGGGAAAGGGAUGAGAGUAGCCUUUUCUCUCUGCAUUCCCUUUUCUUUCACUCUAUUUAUGAAGGAAUGGAAGAGGGGGUGUAAAUGUAGCUUAGCAGAAAACUUUGUUAGUGCCAUCACCAAGUUGAUGUAGUAUGGUCCAGUCAGCUGCUAGUAUAUGUAUAUAGUUGAAUUAUACUAAAUUGGAAACUCACUGUUACUUAUGCUUGUAUUUUGUGGAUUCAUCUUGGUGGUUGGAUCUAUUCAGUGA